UUCCUCGCCUGGCAGCCCCUGAGCGGCUCAGCAGGGCACCAUGGCAAGAUCCCUUCUCCUGCCCCUGCAGAUCCUACUGCUAUCCUUAGCCCUGGAAACUGCUGGAGAAGAAGCCCAGGGUGACAAGAUUAUUGAUGGCGCCCCAUGUGCAAGAGGCUCCCACCCAUGGCAGGUGGCCCUGCUCAGUGGCAAUCAGCUCCACUGCGGAGGCGUCCUGGUCAGUGAGCGCUGGGUGCUCACUGCCGCCCACUGCAAGAUGAAUGAGUACACCGUGCACCUGGGCAGUGAUACGCUGGGCGACAGGAAAGCUCAGAGGAUCAAGGCCUCGAAGUCAUUCCGCCACCCUGGCUACUCCACACAGACUCACGUUAAUGACCUCAUGCUCGUGAAGCUCAAUAGCCGGGCCAGGCUGUCAUCCACGGUGAAGAAAGUCAGGCUGCCCUCCCGCUGCGAACCCCCUGGAACCACCUGUACUGUCUCCGGCUGGGGCACUACCACGAGCCCAGAUGUGACCUUUCCCUCUGACCUCAUGUGCGUGGAUGUCAAGCUCAUCUCCCCCCAGGACUGCACGAAGGUUUAUAAGGACUUACUGGAAAAUUCCAUGCUGUGCGCUGGCAUCCCCAACUCCAAGAAAAACGCCUGCAAUGGUGACUCAGGGGGACCGUUGGUGUGCAGAGGUACGCUGCAAGGUCUAGUGUCCUGGGGAACUUUCCCUUGCGGCCAACCCAAUGACCCAGGAGUCUACACUCAAGUCUGCAAGUUCACCAAGUGGAUAAAUGACACCAUGAAAAAGCAUCGCUAACACCGCACCAAGAGUUAAUUAACUGUGUACUUCAAACAGAAAAUGCAUAGGAGUAAGGACACUGAUGCCCUAUAAAGUCAUAUUUGACUUUACCUUUCCUCAAAGAUAUAUUUAAACCUCAUGCCCUGUUUAUAAACCAAGCAAAUUGGUAAAGACCUAAAACCAAAACAAAUAAAGAAACACAAAACCCUCA